ACCGAUGCCAUCAUUCCACCGAUGCCCUAAAUCCACCGAUGACAAUAAUCAUCCGAUGUUAGUCGUUCACCGUGGGUAUCUCGACUUAGUGAGUUAUGUCCGCGGCUGAUGCCGGGGCACGUGCUCUAGUAUACAGGGUCCUUAGGAAGCGCUUUCCCGCGGCCAGGGGUAUUGUUAUUUUGUCCUUUGCCGUUCGUCCCCACCAACCCCUCAGCUGUCUUGCUUUCUGGCCCUAUAUCAGUUCACAAUCAUGGGCUCUACCGCCACCGUCACCGAAUCGCCUAAAAUCACGGCUGCAAACGUUGCGCAACUGUUUCCCGAAGUCAACACAACUGUCAUUGGGGGGUCGCACGAGUCCGCUCGCGACGACGAUGCGCUUGCUGGCUACGAUGAGGAGCAAAUCAAGCUGAUGGACGAGGUCUGCAUUGUAUUGGACGAUGAUGACAAGCCUAUCGGCAGCGCAAGCAAGAAAGUCUGCCACCUGAUGGAGAACAUCAAUAAAGGACUCCUCCACCGCGCUUUCUCCGUAUUCCUCUUCGACUCCCAGAACCGACUCCUCCUCCAGCAGCGGGCGACCGAGAAGAUCACAUUCCCGGACAUGUGGACGAACACCUGCUGCUCGCAUCCUCUGGGCAUUCCGGGAGAGACUGGCACAACUUUGGAGGAGUCGGUUCAGGGUGUUCGACGUGCGGCAGUCCGCAAGCUUGAUCAGGAACUUGGCAUCAAAGCCUCGCAGGUCCCCAUCGAUGACUUCAAGUUCCUGACUAGGAUACACUACAAGGCGCCAAGUGAUGGCAUGUGGGGUGAGCACGAAGUUGACUACAUUCUCUUCAUCAAAGCCGAUGUUGAUCUGAAUGUCAACCCCAACGAAGCCCGUGACAGCGCCUUCGUCACCCAGGACGAGUUGAAGGCCAUGUUCCAGGACAAGUCGCUCAAAUUUACACCGUGGUUCAAGCUGAUUUGUGAGACGAUGCUAUUCGAAUGGUGGAACCACCUUAAUUCGGGCCUUGAGAAGUACCUUGGGGAGACAGAGAUUCGAAGGAUGUAAAUUGAAGAGUAAUAAAUGAUACCACGAGAGGAAGAGAUGGAUAUUCCUAGCGCAUGAUAGCGGCGCGCAAUACCCCCCGUAGGCUU